CUUCCGCGGCACUCUUUGCUUCCACAGGAGCGAUGAAUUCUGGUUCGUCUCGCUCGGCUAAUUCCUCCGCCCAGAGAUCCAAGCGAAUUCUCGACAAUUCUUCUCCGUCGAGCCCUUCCAGUAGCGGUGCCAACAAGAAGAAACGGAUCGACCAGAAAACCCUAGGCGUCGCAUGGGGAGCCAAUUCCAGUUCUUCCUCUCGCUCCUCUCGCAAAUCGCCCUUUCCAGAUUUCGGAAGCUAUAUGGUAGAAAAGAACAGAAAACUGCACAAUCAGUUUAACGUUGACGCUUCAAGUGCUUCACAUAGUGGUACGAACUCCGCAAAUCAAAUAUUUCAGGGCGUUUCUAUAUUUGUCGACGGUUUCACGAUUCCUUCAAGUCAGGAAUUGCGGGGUUAUAUGUUGAAGUAUGGUGGCAGAUUUGAGAAUUAUUUUUCAAGACGUAGUGUUUCUCAUAUAAUUUGCAGCAAUUUACCGGAUAGUAAAGUAAAGAAUCUCAGGUCCUUCAGCCGUGGACUUCCAGUUGUAAAACCCACAUGGAUCUUGGAUUCUGUUGCUUCUAAUAAGCUAUUAAGUUGGGUUCCUUACCAACUUGAUCAGCUUGUAAGUAAUCAACCAAGAUUAUCAGCAUUCUUUUCUAUGAAAAAAGGUCCGAUGUUGGAGAAACGCAAAAUGUGCAUGACUACUGAAAAUAAAUAUGGAACAGAGGAUUCAAUGUCCCUGGUGGCUGUGAAUUUAAAGGAUUCACGGUCUGAAGUGAAUGAAUUGAUAGAAUCUAGAGUAGAGAUGCAUUCCGACUCUGAAAUGAAUCUUCAAGAUAAUGCAGAUACUGAACUGAAUGAGAAGCCAAGUGAUGAUUUAAAGGCUGGCGAAUUAAAGGAUACAAGUAUAUCUGAUGUAGAUGAAUCUAUUGAAUAUGUACCACAAAUCUGUGAAAGUUUUGAGAUGCUUCCUCGAAAGAAUGCUGAUGUAGAAGUAAAGAAAGAGCCAAGCAAUGAAAAAUGUAAUUAUGCAGAUGAAGAACCAGGAAUUGUUGAUGCGGGUCAGAGCAGUGAAGAAAAUAUAUCUAGUUUGCAUGGUUUGUCUAAGUCAACUCACAAUGAUAGCACCAAUAAUUAUCAUAGCGAUGGAUCAUCAAGUUCUUUGGUGGCUGGGUCUUCUAAGCUGCGGCAUUCAAAUUUUGGGAAGGCAGAUUUUGUGGAAAGUUAUUUCAAGAAGUCUAGGCUGCAUUUCAUUGGAACUUGGAGAAAUCGUUACUAUAAGCGUUUUCCACGAUCAGCUAGUGGGUCCAAUUCCGUAACUUCUCAUAUCAGUGGUUCUUCCCAUUAUCAGUCUGCCACUAUUAUCCACGUUGACAUGGACUGUUUUUUUGUCUCAGUGGUUAUUCGAAACAGUCCACAAUUUAAGGAUAAACCUGUAGCUGUGUGCCACUCCGAUAAUCCGAAAGGAACUGCAGAAAUAUCAUCUGCAAACUACCCAGCUCGAGGUUAUGGAGUCAGAGCGGGAAUGUUUGUUAGAGAUGCGAAAGCUCUUUGUCCCCAACUUGUUAUUUUUCCAUAUGACUUCAAGUCCUAUGAGGAGGUAGCCGAUCAGUUCUACGACAUAUUGCAUAAGCACUGUGAGAAAGUGCAGGCUGUAAGUUGUGAUGAAGCAUUUUUGGAUAUCUCAGGCACAGACAAGGUAGAUCCUGAGGUUUUGGCUUCAAAAAUAAGAAAAGAAAUUUUUGAUACAACUGGAUGUACUGCAAGUGCUGGAAUAUCUACAAAUAUGUUAAUGGCUCGCCUUGCUACCAGAACUGCAAAACCUGAUGGUCAGUGUUACAUUCCUUCGGAGAAGGGUGAUGAUUAUUUAGAUCCGCUUCCCAUUAAGGAUCUUCCCGGAAUAGGGCGUGCCUUGGAGGAGAAGUUGAAGAAAAGAAGUGUAUUUACUUGUGGUCAGCUGCGUAUGAUAUCCAAGGAUUCUCUUCAGAAAGACUUUGGAUUGAAAACAGGGGAGAUGCUAUGGAAUUAUAGUCGGGGGGUGGACAAUCGUGCAGUUGGGUUGAUCCAGGAAAGCAAAUCCAUAGGAGCUGAAGUGAAUUGGGGUGUUCGGUUCAAGGACUUUAAAGAUUGUCAAUGCUUUCUCUCGAACCUUUGUAAGGAGGUUUCAUUACGAUUGCAUGGAUGUGGAGUGCAGGGACGCACCUUUACCCUCAAGAUAAAAAAACGAAGGAAAGAUGCCGAUGAACCGACAAAGUAUAUGGGCUGUGGAGAUUGUGAAAACCUGAGCCACUCGUUGACGGUUCCUGAUGCCACUGAUGACCUGGAAAUUCUUCAGAGGAUUGCAAAGCAGCUUUUUGGGUUUUUUGUCAUAGAUGUCAAAGAAAUUCGUGGUAUUGGUUUACAAGUUUCGAAGCUUCAAAAUGUGGAUAUCUCUAAGCAAGGGAUGAAAAGAAAUUCUUUGGACGCAUGGCUUCAUUCGUCUGGAACGACAAAUGUGGAAAAUAGUACUGGUCCUUUGGUAAAGGAAAGGGCUAAUAUAGAUAGUGAGAAACAGUGUGACUCUGGAGCUUUAGUUCAGUUAUCUGCUGAUCCUACAAGCCAUCUGAUUCAGAUGGAGAAUAACCAGCUCCACUGUGAAUCUUUGAACCCUGUUACUGCUCCACCUCUGUGCAAUCUGGAUAUUGGAGUUAUAGGGAGCCUACCUCCUGAACUCUUUUCAGAGUUAAAUGAAAUCUAUGGUGGAAAACUAGAUGAUCUCCUAGCUAAAAGCAGAUAUAAAAGUGAAGCUUUCUCGUCUUCUUUAAGGGUUUCGUCUCUAGGACCAGGAGAAGGUGAUAGACUUACUAUAUCAGAUGUCCAAGAAAACAAAACACAGUUGGAAAAUAAGCACAUUGUUGAACGUUCCCCACCUGCACAGAUUUCUGGGGAAGGAUUGUGCAAUGUGGUGACUCCUAUACCUGCCUCUGGAUCUCAUAGAAUUGAUUUACUACCUUCAUCUCUAAGUCAAGUAGAUCCGUCAGUAUUACAAGAGCUACCUGAACCACUGAGGGAUGACAUACUUAAGCAACUCCCAGCACACAGGGGAAAAGAGCUUUCUCUAGAACAUUCAGUAAAAAUUCAUCACGAAUCUUGUGAUGCCACUGCCAGUACGUCUGGCUCAAUAGACUCUUUCACGGAGAAUGGUCUUUGGUCUGGGAACCCUCCUCUAUGGGUUGAUAAGUUUAAAGCCAGUAAUUGCUUGAUAUUACAAUUUCUUGCAGAGACGUAUACAGAAUCGGGGUCACCCAAAAAUCUGUAUGGGAUUUUGCUGAGGACUUUAUCUAAAUCUUGGCAUCCUCCAGUUCCGGAAUCUGAUGGUUGGGAUGGUGCUAUUUAUGGUUUAUGUGAACUUCUUAAGCAGUACUUUAAGUUAAAGAUAGAGUUGGACAUCGAGGAGACCUAUGCUUGUUUUCGUCUUCUUAAGAGGUUAGCGAUGAAAUCCCAGGUUUUUCUGGAAGUCUUCAACAUUAUCAAUCCUUACCUUCAGGGAGCGGUCAAUGAAUUCUACGGCGGAAGUUUGAAGGGUUAAAUGUUCAUAGGAUAGGUGAUGAAGUUAAGCUGUGGAGAACAAAGUAUCUGCUUCUUCAGAAAUUUCCUUUGGCAUGGUAGUAAAGACAGGCCCAGGCGGUUCCCAUCUCACUAAAUGAAAACAAGGUGGUCUGGGUAUUUGUAGAUUAAAACACAACAAUCUCAAGCCCUUCUAGCAAAGUGGAUAUGGCGCUUCCAAGCUGAAAAAGUGGCACUUUGAGAAGAACUAUUGCUGCCAAAUAUGGUACCUUCCACUUAACUUUUUCAUUGGUGUAAGGUCCAGAAAUUUGGGAAAUAUAAAUGUUGGGUGGUCAGUCUAAUGGCGGUAAACAAAAUCACCCCCGAGUGUCUGGCCCAUAGAGUAUUGUGACUUUCUUAGAUGAGCUUCUUCCUCAAUUUUCUCGUUCUCUGGACAUACAGUUUGUUUCCUUUUGUCAGUCGAAAUUCCCUCUUUGCGUUCAUCUA